UUCCUCCCUUCUCGUUCCCUGUCUCUCCUUUUCCCUCCUCCUCCUCCUCCUCUCUUCUUUUGGCUACAGUGUUGCAAAAGCAAAGAGCAAUAAACACGCACACACACAGAGAGAGGGGAGACAGACAGACACACAGCCCCGUAAGAGCCAGCAGAGAGAGUUAAAAGAGGAGAGGAGAACGGUGUCUCUGACAAUUCCGUUCAGGGAGCAGAUGGAAAAGUGGAGACUUGUGAAGGGCUGUGAGGUUGGCUAAGGAUCCAGGAGCGAAAAGAGCCCGGCUGAUUGGAAGAAAAAAGCAGAGAGAUGGAGGCGGGGGAAGUGCAAUCUCUCUGCGGGGACUGGAGCGAGUCCACGCCCGGGGCCAGCGCUGCAGAGCUGGCCAGCAUUCAACCAGCGCUCCCCAGCUAAAAAGCACCCAAAAAAAGCAGCCCCCAAGUUCCUUCUUCAGCCUGGCUGAUUUGCAGAGUGAAGCUUGGUUGAUUUAAGGUAGAUUGAGAGACAGCAGGAGAGACCCAAAAGGGAUCGCCCUUGGGUCAGACAGGUGGAGAAUGAACGGAGAAGCAGAUUGCCCUACAGACUUGGAAAUGACAGCUCCCAAGAACCAAGACCUUUGGUCCCAGGAGGACAUGCUGACCCUGCUGGAGUGCAUGAAGGGCAACCUGCCCUCCAACGACGGCAGCAAAUUCAAAACCACCGAGUCCCAUCUGGACUGGGACAAAGUGGCCUUCAAGGACUUCUCGGGCGAGAUGUGCAAGAUGAAGUGGAUGGAGAUCUCCACCGAGGUGAGGAAAUUCCGAACGCUGACAGAGCUGAUCAUGGACGCUGAGGAACAUGUAAAGAAUCCUUACAAGGGCAAAAAGCUCAAGAAACACCCCGACUUCCCCAAGAAGCCCCUGACGCCCUACUUCCGCUUCUUCAUGGAGAAGCGAGCCAAAUACGCCAAGCUGCACCCUGAAAUGAGCAACCUGGAUCUGACCAAAAUCCUGUCCAAGAAAUACAAGGAGCUCCCCGAAAAGAAAAAGACGAAAUACAUCCAGGACUUCCAGCGGGAGAAGCAGGAGUUUGAGCGGAACCUGGCAAGAUUCAGGGAAGACCACCCAGAUCUUAUUCAGAACGCCAAGAAGUCGGAUGUCCCUGAGAAACCCAAGACCCCACAGCAGCUGUGGUACAAUCACGAGAAGAAAAUCUACCUGAAAGUGCGUCCGGAUGCCACCACGAAGGAGGUGAAGGACGCCUUGGGCAAGCAGUGGUCUCAACUCUCCGACAAAAAGAGGCUGAAAUGGAUUCAUAAGGCCCUGGAACAGCGAAAGGAGUACGAGGAGAUCAUGCGGGAUUACAUCCAGAAGCACCCGGAGAUGAACCUCGAGGAAGGCGUCACGCGCUCCACCCUCACCAAGGCAGAACGCCAGCUCAAGGACAAGUUCGACGGGCGACCCACCAAGCCCCCUCCGAAUAGCUACUCUCUGUACUGUGCGGAGCUGAUGGCCAACAUGAAGGAUGUCCCCAGCACGGAGCGGAUGGUGUUGUGCAGCCAGCAGUGGAAGCUGCUUUCCCAGAAGGAGAAGGACGCGUACCACAAAAAGUGUGAUCAGAGGAAGAAAGAUUACGAAAUCGAACUCUUUCGCUUCCUGGAGAGCCUGCCCGAGGAGGAACAGCAGCGGGUGCUGGGGGAAGAGAAGAUGCUCGGAGCGAACAAGAAAGGCGCCACCAGCCCAGCUUCCAAAAAGUCAUCGCCAGACACUGGCAAGGCAGGUUCUGAGAAACCCAAACGGCCCAUUUCUGCUAUGUUUAUCUUCUCGGAGGAGAAGCGAAAGCAGCUGCAGGAAGAGCGACCCGAACUUUCCGAGAGCGAACUGACCCGGCUGCUGGCGCGGAUGUGGAACGACCUUUCAGAGAAGAAGAAGGCCAAGUACAAAGCCCGGGAGGCGGCCAUGAAGGCGCAGUCAGAGAAGAAGCACGGCUCCGACAAGGAAGAGCGCGCCAAGCUGCCCGAGUCGCCCAAGACAGCCGAGGAGAUCUGGCAGCAGAGCGUCAUUGGAGACUACCUGGCUCGCUUCAAGAACGACCGGGGGAAGGCGCUGAAGGCCAUGGAGGCCACUUGGAACAACAUGGAGAAGAAGGAGAAGCUGAUGUGGAUAAAGAAGGCGGCGGAGGAUCAGAAGCGCUACGAGAGAGAGCUGAGUGAGAUGAGGGCCCCCCCGUGCUCUGCAAACUCCUCAAAGAAGAUGAAAUUCCAGGGAGAGCCGAAGAAACCCCCCAUGAACGGUUACCAGAAGUUCUCCCAGGAGCUGCUGUCGAACGGCGAGCUCAACCACCUGCCGCUGAAGGAGCGGAUGGUGGAGAUCGGCAGCCGCUGGCAGCGCAUCUCCCAGGGCCAGAAGGACUAUUACAAGAAGAUGGCCGAGGAGCAGCAGAAGCAGUACAAGAUGCACCUGGAAAUCUGGCUCAAGAGCCUGUCGCCGCAGGAGCGAGCGGCCUACAAAGAGCACACCUCAAAUAAGCGCAAGAGCAUGGGGAAGGUGCGGGGGCCGAACCCCAAAAUGAAGCCCGCCAUGCAGAUCAAGUCGGAGUCCGAGGAGGAGGACGACGACGAUGAUGACGAGGAGGAAGAGGAUGACGACGACGAUGACGACGACAACGGGGACUCGUCUGAGGAAGGCGGGGACUCGUCGGAGUCGAGCAGCGAGGAGGAGAGCGAGGAUGGGGAUGAGAAUGAGGACGAUGACGAAGAGGAUGACGACGAAGAGGAAGAUGACAAUGACUCCGAGGGCAGCAGCAGCUCCUCCUCUUCCUCGGGCGAUUCCUCCGACUCGGACUCCAACUGAAACGCCCACAGCGCCACCUUCUUGCCGGACUUUCAGUAAUUCCCCACCCACCCCGACCAGUAAUAUCCCGGCUGGAGAUCUGGGUUGAUGGUUGCAGGGAGGGGGAUGGGAAAAUCACUGUGGCUAAUUUUUUUUCCCCCUCCCUCGUAAAGAAUUUCACACUAAUGGGGUGGGGGGGGGCAGCUGAUAAAAGGCUUUGUUUUAGGGGGGGAUAUUCUGUGUUUUUCCCCAUAGAGUUUGCAUUCGAUCCUUUAUUUUUUGUUUUUUUGAGAGGGAGGGGGAUUUUUACACCUCAAAGCCCCGCAGCUGCCCCCACCCUCCCCUUCAACUUCCAGCUACCCCCUCCGGACUUUAUACAACCCCCUCCCCCCCAAUCCCUUUUAAAACAACAACAAAACAGCGACAAAAAUGUGGCAAGAGGCGCAGAGCGUUGUUCCGGCGGCACGCGAGCCGAGCGGCUCAGGACUCAGCCGUCGGGACGAUCUCCCCCUUUGCCUCUCCAGCCGGAGGAGGGGACGGUCUUGUACAGUCUGACGCUGCACUUAAGAGCUACUGGAACGAACUUACCACGCGGCAUUUCCCUCUGGGGACAGGGGAGAAUUUUUGUGUGUGUGUGUGUGUGUGUUU